AAAUCGCGUUCUCGCGAUAAGUGCCAUUUCUUCGCUAUACUUUCACCCCAGCGAGGCUAAAGUCUGCUGGGUUUGGUGACAACUUUAAGCAGGAAACAUGAGUGUUAGACUCACUGCUGGGGCAAUUCAGGUAAGGACUUCAAUGAGUUUAGUAGGACUGUUUGUCUUGACCCGUUUUUUUGAGUGGAGUUUUUGUUAUUGUUACAUUGCUAGCUGCAGCUGCUAGUAAUAUGAGCUAACGAGAUUUAGUGCCAGGCAUAGACUUUAUAUAGAAGUGCCUGCUGUAUCCAAAAUCUUUACUCAGUAUCAAAAUAUUUAGUUUUGUUAUCAACCGUAUGGCUUCAAUAUGGUUGCUGCAUUUUCUGGGAUUAUUACAUCUGACAAUGGUUUAGUUUGUGCCUAGAUAAGAUUAUUACAGUGUGUCACCAACUCAGCCUAUGUAUUUGUAUGGGACAAAGUGUUGAUGUAACAUGAAAACACUUUAUGGGUGUUUUUUGUACAUUACAUACCUGCAAAGGGCGAAAAAAAAAUGAUUUCCAGAGGCUUAUUCAACAUAACUGUAUCACACAUAACAUCUGUAUUUGUGCCGCUGUAAUGUGAUAAGCAGGUUGAGAUGAUAAUAACAAAACCACGUGUGUUUUUGUUUAGGACUUAAUCACAGACUCGGAGGUGACCAAUCCUGUACUGCAAUGCCUGGUAAGUGUUUACAUACUCGCAAUGUAUAGUAUAAAGUAUAAAAUGUUAUACUAUAUACUACAAAAUUUUGAUAGAGACAAAUCAAGGUACUUCAACUCUAUGAUGUACGAUGUAUGUUUUAAAAAGAAAGGAAACAUGUACAUUUGUUAAUUAUAGUGGUCAGGUUUUCUUAAGAUUUAUGGAGAAGGGAGACCAAAUGAGUUUAAGGGCUUGUGUAUUUUUGUAAACUAAAGCUUAGUUUAUUUAAAAAAAAACACUCCUAUAUUCUCAAAACAUUGUAAGUGAGUCAAGUUCUGUCUUUGAUUCAAUCACCACAGUUUUGCUGCAUGAUUUAGAAAAUCUCAAAAUGUGUAAAUCUGUUGCUCAGACUUUGUCUCUCAUUUCUUUUGAAAGUCUAUUUCAUGAUUCACUUUUACUGGCUUUCAGUUUUCCAUGUCACUCUUGUACACAAUUUAAAGACUCAAAGAAAGAGAAAGAAUCAGUAAAUGUAGAUGUUAAAAAAUCCUUUCUUAAUUUAUUUGUAACAUUCCUCCUUUCUGGGUUUUUCAGAAAAUGCGGCAGGUUGCCAAUACAUCUGGCCCCACCAGGUACCGGCUCAUGAUGAGUGAUGGUCGGCACUCAUACUCUUGUGAGUGUGUUCUCAGUUACCAUGAAAUUGUUCUGCCAUGAGUUUAGUUCGCCGUGGUGCACAUGGGCUUUUUUUCUCACCUUUUUUUAAUGAUGUUUGUGUUUACAGCUUUCCUGCUAGCAACACAGUUAAAUCAUCUUCCAGAGAAUAACCUCCUGGAACCAAACUGUGUUUGCAAAGUAAAGAAGACUACCACCAACACACUGCAGGAUGGCAGGUAUGUGUUUUUCACAUUGUUUCCUCCUUCUUUUUUCUCCUACUUUUCUAUGAUUGUUUAUGCUAUGCUUUUUUUUAUUAUGUUCCUCCAGGCGUGUGCUGGUUGUGAUAGACAUGGAAAUAUUACAGUCUGGAGAGGAAGCAGGAGGAAAGAUUGGAGAUCCAACUCCAUUUGCUGCAGAUGGUAUGACUGUUUAACUUGGGCAUGUCAAAAACAAUAAUAAAGACACUAUACAGGUCCCUGAUGGUGUUUUUUUCACUUGUAGGCAAGUCAUCACCUCCGCAGAGUCUGGUCUCUAGUACAUCGUUCUCAAGUUCUCCUGCAGUACCAGGACCCUCUUACAGGAACAACAGUGGUAAGUAACAGGUUAAAGACAUGAGUUAAUACUUCAGAAAAAAAACACUGGCAUAAUCUCAGUUUGAUAUAUCAAUCACUCUGAGCAAAUUGAGAAAGUAUUUCAGAAACGCUUUAUGUUUUCAAAUUGUGUUAUUUUUAUUUUGAAACAGAUGAAUAAUCAGUCAAACUCAUUUAGCGUUUCUUUUUUAUUUGAAUAUCAAAUAAACUAUUUCUGCAAAGGAACUAUUUAUAGAAAACUUUCCUGCCCUCUCAGUCAUAAGACAUAAAUCCUUUUAUGACUUUGACACCCACCAGUGCUAAGAUAAAAACAGUCUUUUUCUUUAAAAAAAAAAAAAAAAGUCAAUCAGGGCAAAUGUUACCUUCUGAAAUAUUCUUGAUUGUUGUUAUUUGUUAAUUUGUGACUUGCAUGAGAGGAAUAUCAAUGCAUGUUGAUGACCUCUUAUUCCAGCAGCAUUAUCUGAUUACAGAUUUAAUACUGGAUGAAUGAAUUUCCAACUUCAUUAUAAGGUGCAGUUCUUCUUUUACAAAAUUAUUUGUGUUUCUCUUCAUGCACAUACUUUCGGAUUAUUUCUUUGCCCUUUAUUAGUUUUUAAAACAGUUUUCUAAAGCAAACUCUUAAAAUGAAAAAGUAAAGAGCAGAAAGCAGAUCAAACUCAAAGCUAAGUUUGCUGCAGCUGAAGAAAAUAAUAAUAAAUUAACCUCUUGUCUUUUUUUUUCUUUACAUCAAAUUUAACAGUUGAGCCAAAAAAUACAGAGGAAGCCUUCCUACUGCAUACAAGGAAGACUUAUGUAAAUAAAGAGUUUAUACAUAGCAAAAAAGACCCAGAUGCCCUCAAGCUGUUUGUUAUAUAACAUGGCAAGUACAAUAAUAUAGUAUAACUAAUCAAAAGAGCAGAUUUCUGUAGAUAAAUAUCACACUAACAUAGUCGAAAUUCUAAUUCUUAAUACAGCAAAGUUAGAUGUGACAAUAUAACAGGUUUGCUCUCAGAAUUUAACGUCUUACUUGUCCAUGUAUGUCCAUACAUACAUGGACAAGACCAAACAAUUUGAAUUAUAUCAACAUGGUUCAAGGGAUUAUUUUUAGUGUCAGCAUCAACAUCUUUUGAGCCCCAUUAGCCAAUCAGUAAGGUAGAAGAUUAUUGUGUCCUUAAAUUUAAAUAAACUUCAGUCUUUUAGUAAUACAAUAAUAUAGGAUAUACUUGUGUCUGUGUGUAUUCAAAAACAUACAAUCCAAUGCAUUAUGUGAUAAAGAUUGGAAGAUUUGUCUGGAAGUUUAAGAUCACUUGAAAACUGUCAGAGCUGGUAAGGUGAUGUCAAAUCUGGCCCAGUUAUUCCAAUGAAAUUUUGAUUUUACAAACUAUCAUUCGGCCAAUAGAGGGAGCCCUGUACCCUCUGAAUGGGGCUGAUGAAUGAUUAGCAGUCCCCUCGAAGGUUUUUCUCCCCCAAGCUGUUGUUCUGAAGCCAAAAUUUGGGACAAACUAACUCUUUGGUGUUCAGUUCUCAAUCUCAUUUCCCAUACCUCACUGAAAGCAGCACUAUACUCUGAAAAGUAAAUCCCAGUUUUCAGCCCUUUGAUGUUCACAGAACUUCAGUGUUUGAAGCCCGUAGUCAGAACGUGGGUAAGAAGCAGAUUAAAGGGGAUAAUAAGGCACAGGGUGGUUUUUUAACAUUGUAAGGUAGCUACAGGAAGUGCUAAAUUAGCUGAAGACUGUAGUUCCUUUAACUAAGGUGCUGUUUUUUAAUAAGACACUGUGCACCUUUUUGUUAAAUUUACUGCUCUGCUGAAAGGAAACUAUGUUGUUGCCUGCUGGCCACUGCAGCUGUUAGAGCCCAUAACUCUCACCUUACAAUGUUUUACCACCGACUAGAAUCUAUAACAGAAUUGGACCUCCAAAUGAUUGCUGCCUUUCACUUGGAAUAGCCAGUGCGAUGUAUCAUGGCUAAAAUAGCCCCUGCUUUAUUGAAUCUGCUUUUAUUAGCUUAGCCUUUAUCUCACUCAGUAGUUUUAAACCACCAACUGCUCCCUGCGUCCACAUCGAUUUUUGUUGUGUGGCAGAAACAUAUCAGUAGUCCUCCUCGACGGAGGACGUGGGCAUGUGGGUGGAUAAUGAGUGGAUGGUAUAUGUUGUGUGUUAGUCCAUGUGUUGCUGUGUGUCUGCAUGUGUGUUGUGACUGGGGGAGCUUGUGUGGGCUGACGGCUCCUCCAGUUCAUGGCUUCAUGAAUAUUGCGUUGUGGACUCACUGAAUCACCUCGUGGCAAUGCAUGGGGGGGGAGUCAAGUCAUUUGACUCAGCAAAGAUGAAGCGCUGCAUUAAGUAGCUCAUGCGGCUCUUUUAGUGAGGUACCCUUUGAAUCUUGCAACCUGCUGCUCCUCUGUUUAAUUGUCCAGCUGAUAAAACGGUCAAGUAUUAAGCUUCAGACGUCCAGGUGUUCUUUCACUCACUAUUUCUAUGAUUAUAAAACCCCAUUCGGGUACUUAUUACAUUUGUGUGUUUUGCUAAAUGUUACAAAUUCGGUUACCAAAGAGAUGUGGGCCAACGAGUGACUAAGCAUCUUUUCCUCCUGACUAAUUAACUCCUACUCGACUCUAUUGAAGGAAAAAGUUGGAAGGAGAGAAAGAAGAAAAUAGAAAACACAAAGAGGGGAAGUAUAUUCACUUCACUGGACAUCCUUGCUAAUUCCAGCGCCAUGUCCAUGUGCAGAAACAAAGACAUCACCUGCUGUCUGCUCCUCUCAGAAGCAAAUAUACAUCUGUUGUUGAGUCAGAGGAUGGAAGAAAUAACUUAAACGGACUGUUGCAUUUGUUUCUUACUGAGAGGAUAUAUCAGACAAGAGGGAAUAAUAAAAAAAACAACAUUUCUCUGUGCAAGACUGCAAGCAUAGUUAGAUGUCUACUGGAUGUAACAGGACAAUAAAGCCCCAAUUAUUUAGUCAGCCUUUUUAUGCGGUUGUUAAGAAAACAUCCAAACAACCCAAACACAAGAGAGAAAAUAAGAAGAAAAUUGAAGGCAAUAAAAAGGCAUUAUUUUGUAUUUUUUCCUAAUUCAGUCAAGUCAAGUCAUGACUGCCCUAUCUUAGCAAUGUCUGUAGGGAAUUUAGAUUAUUAUAUCGCCUUUUUUCAGCUGCCUAAAGAAAAUUUUACUAACAAACACUCGCUCUCAUGAUAAACGAAACAGCCCCUCUCACACGUCGAGUCCUGACAUUUUCUAGAUAAUUUCAGGACAUUUAGACCCUGACAUUUUCUGAAACUUGCCUCACCUCACUGUGGGAGAUGUUCUACGCUCACUUUUACAAUAUGAUAUGAGCUUGUUAAGUAGGAGGGGACUUCUCUGUAGAGGUGACUGUUUUCUGUGUUACUAUCACUACAGUAAAUCAGAGGAUGUUUCUACGAUACCAGCAAAGCAGUCAAAAAUCUAUCACUGAUAACUGAGGUGAGAAAAACGUCCUCGCUCUGCUCACCCACGCACAUCCCAACUUCUUGCAGAAAUUUCACUUGGCACCUGGCAGGAGGAAGUCAAAAGUUCACAGUAGGUGUCUGCAUUCACAUCUGCAGCCUUACCCUUUAUAAACUUUUUGGAAAAUUUCAGGAUCUUUGUUCAUGUGUAAAAGGGGCUUCAGUGAGAAAUGCUCCAUUUUUGUGACCCUUUAGGAAACAAUUUGGUCAACCUUCCCUGUUUCAUCGUCUGCAUCUGCAUGUCUUUCAUUUAUAAGAUGAUGUACUCUAAGAUUUGCAAUAUAAAAAUACCUGCUGUCUGCCUCUGUGGGCCACAAGUAAACUUGUGUUGUGUGGGAACUCUAAUGAAAUGUUACUUGACUUGUUGGAGGUGUUCGACAGCUACACAGCAAUUCUGGAUAUCGUCUUGAUAAACAUCUAUUGCUGCCGCUGUUGGUUUUCUUCUGCUAGCUCGCUCAAAUUUAAUAUAAAUACUACAAUACUGCUUUGCUAUAACACUACAUCAGUCAAUGCACUGAUUCCCUUGGAGAACUGGUCGACUGAUUCGGGUUGAUUCAUUGCUGUCUUGAAAAAAAAAACCACAUGUGAUCUCUCACUUCUGCCCUUUAGUCUCCUUGUUUAAAGGUAAGAAAAUACUUAAUUCUGGCAGAUCUCGAGCAGUUUCCAGGUUACGCAGCCAAGAAACAGAAGAGCACAGUCGUAAUAUCUAAGAUGAAUGAAAAUUCCCCCCUAUGAGCUUCAGAUGUGACCUCUUGACAUCCUCCAAGCGGGAGGAUGUGAUCAGAGAACAUUUUUACUCUGCUUUUAAAAAAGAGAUGGAAUAAAAUGUGUUAAAGUAUGAAAUAAAUCCUCAUAAAUAAAGUGAGUCCUUUGGCUGCAGGCGUAGGGUCGAAGGUCAUUGAGAUCUCUGUCCUCAUUUCAAUAAUCCCCAGCAUGUCUCCUUGAAAUCAACUACCUUUAAAAUACUUUGUGGGUGUUAUUUUAACCCCAGAAAGCAAAAACAAAUCAAACUUAUCCAUCUCUAAACAAUCUCUGCAGCUUUUUUUGUCGUCAGUACUCCUUCCCUCUCCUCCUCUCCCUCUCAUAAAACUCACCCACAGUUUUACACACUCACUCUCUUGAUCACUUUCUCUAUUUAUUGCCUAUUUCCUUCUCUAUAUAUUUCUCUCCUUUAGUAGUCGUAGCACUAAACACUCUCCACACAUAGCACCUGCUGAGUACGUUACCAGCAUAUGUAUUAGAACUUUAUACUGAGCUUGAUCAUAAAACUGAGGAUCCAUGAAAAACCUCUGACCCCUAUCUUUGCUCUGAAUCCCCUCCUCCUCACCGUUACCCAAACUACACCCAUCAUCUUCUCCCACGCCUCCAUCCGGAUUGCGUGUGUAUGAAUAUUGAUGUUAAUUACCCCGUGCCUGAAAAUAGCAGUUCAAUCUGUGAUUUCCCUGUGGAAUUUGCUCAUAAGACUCCCGCUCUCACACACAUAUGCGUUCAAGCACAUCCCGCAAAAAGAGGGGAUCAUAGAGGUGAGUGUUUGUUGGAGCUUAAAUCAGAGGGAGGGGUCUCUGUGGAAUCACAUCUCCUUUUUAUUCCUGACAAUCCUCCCCUCGAAUGCUCUUCCUCAAUAUGGCAGCUCAUUCAUGCCAACACCAGGCAUCAUGCGCCGCAUAAAAAUAUACCCCGACAACAGACAACUAUCUCGUCUGAAUCACUGCUGGUGGGGAUGAGGCUGCUUCAUUGUGGGAGGUGAGAUAACACCUUGUGAUUCUGUAGGUGGGUCUGAACUGUUCAAGUUUGUUGGCAUUGUUACUUGUUAAAAAAACGAAAUGCUGAACAGUUGUUUAGGAACAAUAGAAACUUAUUCUAAACUUGGUCUUAGUUUGAGGUCUUUGUUUGUACGUGUGAUUUUUUUUAUUAAACACUUCCAUUGAGUGAGUGCUCUGUGUACCGCAGCACCAACUCCAUUAGCAUACUGAAUUAAAUCAACACAAGACACCGAGCUAUAGUACUGAAAAAUCCUUAGCUUGAUUAAUAAUACAUGAUUAGCCAUCCGGCAGUCAUCUAACAAUGCCCUACAUUUUCUCUUAUAGCUGGCGCCUUUAGAGCAGACCCACAUUUAGUUUGUAGUUUUAGCCUGAGUCCUUCAGUAUAUCAGCCACCUUAGAAAACUGUAAUUGAUUAUCAGAUGAACGACCCUGUCUGACCUCUCUUUAGGGACGUGUGCAUACAGCUUUAUGCUGACAUGCUGUCACUGACACCACCAGAAUUACUAGUCAGACAAACAAAUUCUCAAUAUUCUUCAUUUGUUGAUGUGAAAUUCUGGUCAAAUAUGGUGUAAGCUGUAGUCAGGUCAUCUGCCAUCUGCUCUGGUAGCUCUGUUUAUUGACUUCUGCCACAACGCUACAAUGCUUCACUACCAUGAUGUAUGUGUGUACCUGCAGACGCUAGGAUUGCAUGUUUAGCUGUGCCUAGGGCUGGGCGAUAUGGGAAAAAGUUAAUCACGCUAUGGUUUUUUUCAUAUCAGUCGAUAUCAAUAUAUAUCACAAUGUAAAAAAUUAAAUUUAACAGUGCUUAUUGGUAGCAUGUCUUUUGCAUUACAAUUAGCAUCUGCACCUGUGAGGUCUUUGUGUCUCUUCGAUGUUUUGUCGUAAGGUUGUUGUUGUUGCGCUAGAGAAAGUGGACUGAAUGGUUGGUUGAUUCAGCUGCACAGGCACUAUAGACUCCUUGCUCCGCUCGGGGUUUGUAACCUUUUGCAUUGCAUGUGCUCUGUCGUGUUGAACUGCUUCAGGUGGUGAAAAAGAUCUGAGGUAUUCCCCGACUUUGUGAGAACAUAUACUCGACAUAAUUUGCAGUACACAUUACUCUGCUUCAUGUCCGACUUUGAAAAAACAAAAUACCUCCACACCACCAACGCUUUCAUGCUAGUGUUGUAGACAAUGUCAUCAUCUGUUGAGCCUUCUAUCUGUAUUUCUGCCGGGGGUAGCACUUAUUUUCUUUUUUACUCAUGGACAGUGCUGUCGGCUUCAUGUGUUAAAGUACUAGGGUUGUGUGUAGCUGCAGCCUGCUACUACAAGCAAACCUGGAGCAACUCCCCUUUUCAUUGGCUAUUUGUAUAAUCUACCAAAACAUGGCAGAAUGCAGACUAUUAAAAAGGAUAUUGACCAUGUUUUAUAUUGAUAUUGAGGGAAAUUAAUUCUCGAUACAUAUCAUUAUCAAUAACUUGUGUUUUAAGGGGCAAAAAAAGUUGUUUUUGAACAAUCUGUCUCCUGUUUACGUUGAUCACAUUACAUUCAAAAUAGAUUUUAUAUCCACAAAACAAACUGAUAAUACAGUAUAAUGCCAUGAGAACAUAGGUGGGACUAUUUUUAAGGGUUUUUAUGUGAUGUCUCAGGACAGGUAACUAUAUUCUGAUAACUAAUCUUAAUUACUUUUUCCAUAUGACUUAAAGGCAAAAGUGCAUAAUCAUAAAAUGAGCAAUUUUUUUAGUAGUCAUACCUGAAAAGACAAAGUUUCAUACACAGGCACAGUUUGGUCUUAUCAGAAAGUUAAGUUACUUUACAGAGAAAUCUGUGAGGAAGUUUAACUUUCUCAGGCAUUUUUCAUCAAGUAGCAGCUGCUCACACAAUCAGAUAACAGUAUUAUCAUUAAUGUUUCAAUGCUGUUGAAAUAUUUUGUCAGGGUGUUUAAUUAAGUUUGUCUUUGGCUAAUGGCAAACUUUUGUGCUCUAGCGGUUCUGUUUCAGCUGUGUCAUUCAUCUAUAUCAACUGUUAGUGAUUACUUGAACGUGUGCUUUGAGGUAAAACAGUAUCUCAUAUCGUGGAGAAAAAAAAAUCUGUGCUGAAGUGGGGAAGUUGCUUCUUUUUCUCCCUUUUUUAAAAGAGUGUUAUUUGGGCCUUUUUUGAUUGAACAGCUUAAUAGAGAUAGGAAAUGUGGGGAGGACAAGCUCCAUAUCUGUUGGGACUGGAGAUCGAUCCCACGACCAGUGCAAAGAGGACCUAAACCAGUCUCCCUAUGAGGCUACUUUUUCUUUCUUUGAGUAUAAAUUAACACCAACCAUUUAGAUAUUCUUUUAAAAGGGUCACUCUGUCAGUUUUUCACACAUCAGUCUGUUCACAUGUCAAGAGGAGUCAAUUUUAUAUAUGCUGAAAGUUAUGUAAAGCUUUUUGCAGCUCCAGCAGGUGCUUGAAAUCUAGUAGGAGUAAUGCCAAUUCAAGUCACAAGUUAUGGUUUAAGACUUUUAAAUCUGACAAUGCAAAAACAACACACAACAAAAUAAGUAGUGUGGCGUGUAAGCCAAAAAGAGUCCCAUUUUCUUGCUUAUCAUCUUAGCUUGAUCUGUGUGGCUCAAGGAUUCAUCAGUGACUGUUUGCAUAUUAAGAAAGAUCUCUUUCAAACAUUCACCGGUGAAGAAGUAUUGACAUGGUCCCAGACUCAGCUGUAUCCAGAAUUAUUCGUCUGCUUUAAGAAGAAAUCAUCAUGAGUCACUCCACCGUCAUACCUAUUCAGAUCUGACUGAUUGCCGGUCUCCCGGGUUGCAGCAUUGCUGAGCACACCCACAUUGAGCAUUAGGCUACUUUAAGGCCAAUGUUUUCACAUUUCUAUUCUGGAGGUGCUGGUGUCAGGUACAGGGACUACAGCGGGGCCUGUUGUGUUGUGACAGUUCCUCUAAAAGUACACUGGAUGGUCUUGUCAUACAUAUGACCCAUCUUGGGUUCAUGGCAAUGCACUCAACUAGUGUGAUGAAACACACACAGCCAUGUCUGUCUUUACUUCCUUUUUCUCUUUUCUGCUACAGCACCAUUCAUCAUCAGCGCCAUCUACCAAAUUUGUCAUGACCACUGGGAUAACAAAUAUACAUGACGUAUAACCUUUUAGAGCUCGCUGAUGAAAAACUGUAUGAAAUGUCAAAUAUCUGAUUAAAAGCAACUUUUUCCACUUUUGUAAAAAUGAUCUGAUACUCACGCAGGAGUCGUAGGAGUACAAGUGAAAAAGUGGUUGGGACAUAAGUGGUGGAAAAUUGAUGAUCAUACAUGAUCAUGGCAGAGCUCGUCUGUCUCAUACAUAAAAAGAUGAUUUUGAGAGUCAUAGUUAAAAAGUUAAGGGCCAUAACAGGAAGUGAUGCUACCAUCUGUUCGACUUGCACCAAAUUGGGCACUUCUUCCCUUUGGGUUCUCAGCAUGGCUGCCAAAUCUAAAGCUGGCUGAAGAAAAUGUAGUGGAGAAAAUUCAAGGACGGUUUGCUGUUUUUAGUUUAGUAAACUUGGACAAAUCAGCAACAAAUUGUUUUUAUUUUCUUCAAGCUUGUCAAAGGAUUGGCUAUCUCUUCAACACUAUGCAUAAGCAGUUGGCGACUUCUUGUAAUCAUUUUUCCAUCCUCUCUCCACCCCUAGGCUAUGGAGGAGGUUCUGCAGGAAAACAAAUAGGGAAAGUUUCGCCUCAGUGUGGUAUGGAGACUUCCCCCAUGAAAGCUUCACCAAUGAAGACUUCACCCUUCGAAUCUUCACCAAUGAAGACUUCACCCUUCAAAGCUUCACCCAUGAAGACUUCACCUUUCAAAGCUUCACCCAUGAAGACUUCACCCUAUAAAGCUUCACCGUCGAAGACGUCACCCUAUAAAGCUUCACCCAUGAAGACUCCGCCCUAUAAAGCUUCACCGUCAAAGACGUCACCCUAUAAAGCUUCACCCAUGAAGGAUAACAGCUCUCCUGCAGGCUCCUCAACAAAAGUGAUUCCUAUUGCUAGCUUAAACCCGUACCAAAGCAAGUAAGUUUACAAAUAAGACUAAGUGUGUUGGUGUCUGCAUGUACCUGCUUAAUAUACACAGUUUCUGACAGAGGACCUGAAUACAGUUGAUUAAGAUUCAGUUUUGGAACGAUAUCAAACCUUAAACUGACCUACAUGUGUAUCCUGCAUGUGUUUUGCUGUGUCCUCUCACGCUGUGGCUCCGCCUCCCUAUUUGCUGCCAUAUCUGAGCGAAUCUUUGGGGCAUGUUUCACAAAAUCUGUAUUUUUGUGCAUGCAUGUUAUUAUUUUCACAUUGGUGCAUGUGACUGUGUAUCCUACAUGUGCAUGUUAUUCAGCCUAUCACCGAGGAAAUGAAAUGAGAUGACUGAUCCAUCCCUGGAAAUGGGUAUUUUAAUGAAAGGUACCACUGGGUCUUCAUGACUGCUGAGGUUUUGGUUCUGUUGUUUGGGCCUGGUGGGGAUUUGGCCCCGAAAGUUUCUCCCUCCCUUCCGCCUCUUUCACAAUUCCUCCACCUCCCUCAGGGUUUAAUUCCACCACUGCUUCUUUUUUCCUCUUCUUUUCACUUCAUAUAAUUUCAUUUUCGUACGUCUCUGACCUUUCAAAGUGGUCCAGAAAUAGCAAAGAGCACUGUACGAGAUGCAGUGUUUCAGAUUUGAGUAAAGGCAUCCCGUCAACACUCUCUCAGCGUUUGGGCUUUGAUAACAUAGCCCUGUUUGAAAUUGCGAGCUGUAAAGAUAACUGUGCCUCUAGGUGUUGUAAUAAACUGAUGACUGUUCUAACUUUGAAGUUGGGGAGUACCUACAGUGGGUAAAAAGAGAUGACUUCAGCAUCUGCUCUUCUCCGUAUGUUAGUGUGGAAUGAAAAGUGCAGAUGUGUGUGACAUGUUAUAUAGGAAUGCUGUGUGAUGUGUGCACAAGGUCUUUAUGGUCGUUUUCUUGGCUCUCUCAUCCCUAUUCUCCCUGUGUUAAGUAAUAGCAUCGAGAGCAGGCUAUAAUUGGCUUUUGGCUGCCAUAAACCUCAGUGUAGCAGUCUUAUCCAUACUGAGCAGGGAAUGGGGUUCACUCUGGGCCAGCAGCUGCUCUCAUGAUAGGGGAUUUAAUUGCAGGCAAAGUUAUGGUACGAAUAUCCUCCGCUGCACAAUUAUCAACGCAGUCAAAAAGCUCGCUACUGCACAAACUGCCGAGCUCGGCUGGCUGGUGUCAAAAACAGAAACAAGAAGCACAUUUUAAAUGCAUCCAGGAGUUGGCAGAUGUACAACACCUAGUUCUCUCUUUGAAAAGAAAGUUGCAGAAUAUUUUUUUUUUCUUUCAUGGAACUUUAAAAAGACUGAAAAGACACUCAUCCAAUUUCCAUGGGAAUUGUUCUGUUGCACAGUUGUUUCACGUCUGUGUCUGAUGUGAGCGGAGCUGGUGUGCUCAUUAACAAAAAAGGAUGUUUUUUAAGUCGCUCAGCAGCUUUAUUCACGCUGACCUUUAAACUGUGACUCCUUUAGUUGAGUUUCACUCAGCUGUGUUGAUCAAGGAAAACUUUGUUUAUUCUUUUACACAAGGAGUAAAUACUAGUUUUCUGUAAACAUUCACACGGCAGAAACCUGUAGAUUAAUUGAAAGUAGAACACAACUGAAGGCAAAGCUCAAUGUAUUUCAGUUUAAUGAUGGUCAAAUGCUAUUUUUUACCUUCGCAGUACUGAUUCUGACACCUUGGCUUCAAUAUUGGCAGACCGACAGUAGCCCUCAUACUACCACAUAAAGAAAGUAUACAGUAUAUUGGUAUUUAAACCCUGUUUCCUCACUCUGUGUUAGCUUUUACCAACAUUAAUCCUCGCUAUUGAUCGUUGUAGAGUAUAAUAACAAAAAUGUUACUCAAACUGUUCAGUUUUAUGGGAGGCUGGUUAGUAGGGGUGUCCAGAUACAACUUUUUUUCACUUCUGAUAAAAUAUUGAUAUUGUAGCCUUCAGUAUUGGCCGAUAUCGAUGUUGAUCCGAUAUUGGCACAAAAUGUGCAUGACAAGUUUUGCAUUCAGCUUCAACAUCUUUUUCAGAAUUAGAGGAAAAAUACUGCCACAUGGCCGACAUCACUCCUACUCCUUGCUAUUUUGUUAGUACCAUAGUUCACACUGUUGUUAUGGUCACAUGGGCUCUGCAUGCUGGGUCUGGGCGCUGCUAGAUAGAGGUGCUGGAGCGGAGUCAGGAAUGGACUGCUUGUAUCAGAGUGCUGAUAAAAUACAAUAUUUGUUUUUUUGCUGAUAUUGGACCGAUAUCUGAUAUCAAUAGUGGACUGAUAUUCAAUAUCAAUAUCGGAUCGGGACAUCCCUAUUGGUCGGUCGUUGUAGCAGACUGACUCGUUGACUUACUCGACAAACUUGUGGAUGUACAUUCUUCAGUAUCAGAGGCUGCUUUACAUGACGUAUGCUUUGUAAGUUCUAGUUUGUUGUGUCACAGAUCUCCUCUGUGUUUAUCUUCAGGUGGACUAUCAGAGCCAGAGUCACCAACAAGUCCAACAUCCGCAAUUGGAGCAACUCUCGAGGAGAGGGCAAGCUCUUCUCCUUUGAGAUAGUGGAUGAGAGUGUGAGUAUAGUAUUUGCAGAAGCCUGAAUAUCUGUCUGCAUUUAUGUUGCACAACUGUUAUAUUAUACAACUUGUCACACGCGGCUGUCUUGUCUUUUUAUCUGUAAAACAAAAUGAAUGUUGUUUUGGUCAACAGGGAGAAAUUAAGAUCACAGCCUUCAACAAGGAAGUUGACAAGUUUUACUCUCUGGUGGAACAAGGCAAGGUGAGCAGAGCCCACUCACCUCUCUCUCUCUCCUCACAUAAAGUGACAAGAGUUAUUGAAAACUACAAAAGAAAAAUUGAAACUUUUGUACAGCAGCUGAAAGUGCUGCAGGGAAAUGCCUCUGAAGCUCCGAAACCCAGUUGGUGUUUUAUGUCUGAGGUUGACUUUAAGUCUCAUUUUGACAAUGUUCACACAAUAUCUAAAGGCUACAAGAAAUAAGACUCAGUCUCAGGUAUACUCUUUGUGCACUCGCAGUGCUUCAAAUAAAUGUAUCAUUGUUAAAGUAGUGCCUAAUAAAUCCUCCUACAAAAUCCUCUCAUGCCUGCAGGACUUUUGGCCAAUGAAGGAGCUGCAGGCAAGUAUUAGAGGAUUUGUGGAAGGGAUUCAUUAAGUCAUAUUUCGCUGAAAUAUAUAUGUUUGAGACAUACUGAGAAUUUGGGGGGAUAUAUGAGGCCAGGAAUGUGCUGCUUAGAAAACUUGUCUGGUGGUUAUUUUGACUUUUUUAGAAAUGUCUGCAAGUACCACAGGCUGUGUUCAAAAUUUAGGAUAGAUUUAACUGAUAGAUUUAGAUUUAAAUGUUUAAUUUUUGUAUCCCUGUGAGAUUGUAAAGGAAGAGAAAGCUUUAAACAGCCUGUUUCCAUACAAAUUGAAAUGCCAUAUAAACCCUGAGAGGUACACUCUUUACGACGAGUAUAACAACUACAUUUUUGUGACAGCAUUGCAGGAAAAGGGGAGACAAGUCAUAAUUCUGCACCAAAAUGUGUUCGCAAGUUUGUCCAGUGCUCAUAAAAAAGCUUCAGACGCCUGUUAAUAAACCUCCAUGAAACCAGACGGAUAAAGAUAAAGACUUCAUUAGGCUAACUCAGUGUUGUGCCUUGGCAGUGUAUCGAUAAGGAUUCAUCCCUUUAAGAGGAAGUGUCCAGAAAAACACAAAGAGAAAUUCACUCUAAAAACCCUGAAAGUUUGGAGUAUGUCCACUCUUUUUGGACAGCUCAGACUGCAGAAACUGAACUUAGACUGAAAGUCCUCUCUCAUUUCUCCACAGAAUAAGGACAUUGACAGCAGGGCCUCACAAUUAAUAGAGAUAUUAUCAAAACAAGAUUAGGCCAAGUGAGAAAAAAACCCUUUUUGCAGAAUUUGCAGCUUUAUCAUAAAGAUGGAACAUGUGCUGUGGUUUACAAAUCUUGUUCGUCAGAUCAAAGAAAACAUGCUGGUUCGUGGAGAUUUCUCAUCAUCAGGGUUUUUAAUCGCUUCCCUGUGAAAAGAAAUCCAUUAAAUGUGAAUCAAUUUUAUUAGUAAUAUCCAUAGAAAUAUCCCGAAAGUAAUUUUUUCUCAUUUCAGGCAGCUGCAACUUUAAUCAGCGCAUAGUGUGGGAAGGACAUUUAGUUUUUGUGGUGUGCCUGUGCAUGAGAUUAUUAAGUUUAGAUUGAUCUGAAGAAUUCUCAACCUAUUCAUAAGGUUUUCUCGCAUUUAUCAUGUCGAGUAAUGCUCAUUCAUAAUUCAGUCAAACACUAUUACUCAUGAAUCAUUUUAGUACAGCCUUUGCCCUUUAAAAAUCUUGGAUGUAGGGUUUGUUAAUGGGAUCAUCUUUCAUCCAGCAGGCCCUGGUUCAAGACCUUGUGUAAGCAAGCAUCUGCUUUGCUGCCCUUUUACUGAGGAGUGUGAUGCCUAGAGGCCCCGGCUCCUCUUACAUAACUGACACUGAAGCCCUUGACCUCUGCCCUUGACACAGGGCUGCAAAUUUAACUGAAUUUCAUGCUAGCACCAACGAAUACAGAAAGAGCCUUAAAUUAGUUAUGAAUAUUUAAAUGAAUUUCCUCUAAUACUUACAGAGAUGGAGAGGAGUUAUCAACCUGAAAUGAUGAAUGUUUUUUUCAGUGCUUUGUCUUGUUUUGUAUGAACCCAAGAGGGAGUAGUUGUUGCUGCGGUAACAAUAAGUGAUGGGGAUCCUAAAUAGAUAAACAAAUACAUCAAAUGGGUUCAGAUUUACCAUUCAGGGGAUUUAAAAAGGGAAAUAUUUCACUGACAGUGCAGCAACACAUCAUGUUCCUGUUUACAAGGUCAGUAAUAUAACUUUAGACUCACCAGCCAAACAGGCAGGUAAAUGAAGACAGUCACGUAUUUUGUAACCAGUCAAUACAGUGAGUUUUUAUGUAACACAUGUUGGUUAAAAAAUAAAAUAAAUAAAUAAAUAAAAAUGGCUUCAUUUAGUAGGGUUCCUACACAGUUGGAAUUUCCAUACUUUUCCAUCCCCUACUUUUUAGAAUUAUUUUUGGAAAUACCUACUUUGAUAUUUUAGAACUGUGGUAAUAGUCUGGAAACAUGAAUAUUUUUCUAUACUUUAUUCAUUUUUUCAUUUUCAAUACGUUUUGAGACCUGGAAAGUGAUCAAAUUUAUUUCCAUACUUUCCAUCCUUGCAUAGGAACCCUGAUUUAGAGAGGACAGGACAGUAGACAGAGUAGGAAAUGGGGUGAAUUGGGGAGUGACAUUCAGUAAAAGAGGCAAACCAUUUUAUCUACAAAAGUCUAUCUAUUAAAAAAUUGUCAUUGUAAACAGUUAUUAGAUACAUGACUGUCUUGGUGGGAACAUUUAGCGCCAUGUCUUUCAAGCUCUUUGAAAUUUUCUGUCCAAAUGGAAAGUCUGCCUGCGUUUGGCACUCAGUGGGUGUUAACUUCGAACCCUGCCUGCAUACCUGAGCAGCUCCAGACAGGUAGAGCACAUGUUAAACUCUGACUCAGCCCAGUCUGUCCCCAAGAGCUCAAUAACUCAAUUAACCCGGUCAUCUUCCCCUAGUCACUCUGGCUCAGGUAUCAGCCACUGGCGGUGACUCCAAACAUGGCCCCUAAUCCAAUUUGUGCCCUCUGCCCUCCAUAGAUAAAUAAAGGAAUGAAUCUGUCUUCCUGUCGUGAUCUGAGUAUUGACAGAACAGUGAGUGGGUGUAACUGACUCCGAGCCCCCCCGAAUGCUUAUCACAUUAGUUUCAUGCCACUAUCUCUGUGUGGGGUAAAUCGGAGCGAGAGAGAGGGGAGGAGAGAGGGGAGGGAAGACUGGAGACGGCCAUGGAGACGUGCUCAGAGGGAGAAAGAGAGAGAGUUUUUAGAGUAAAUGAAGAAAUGCGCCUCGCAUAUUAAGAUUAAACGGAGCAGGUUAGGGGAGUUGUUCUCUGCUGCUUUUUAUUUUCUGCUGCUGUCUUUCUUAUCCAAAUGAGAUUAUUGAUCUCAAUUAGGUUUUCCUGGUUGAAUAAAAUCUAAUAAUUAAAAAAAAUUUAGGUGAACGGGACUCUAAAGAUACCACAACUUGGUUGAAUUUAAGGGUUUCCAAACCUUUCGAGCAGUUUUGGUGAAACAGAAGCAAUUACAGAGUUGAUUAGCUUCAGAUAUGGCUAGAAGGGGCUGUGCUUACCAGCAUCUCCUGUACUUCCAGAGAAACUGUUCUAUUAGCAAAGAAAAAUGUAAUUAUCUGUGUUUUUUUAAUUUAUUCAAUCCCUGUUUUUAUCCCACUGUUAUCAGAUGGGCUCUUGUUAAUCAAGACUCAAGUAAAGGUGUUUUAAUACAUCUCAAGGUCAAAAACAGAUAAAAAAAACUCUCUUUGUCAUUAACACCUCCUUUGCUGGAUCAGUAAUGUAGUUUUCGAAUUCAGUGGGGUCUAAAGGGUGGGGUUAAGGUCUAACUUGUUACUGCAGACACAUCCCUCUCUUUGUCUUUGUCUCUGUAGGUGUACUACAUCACCAAGGGUACGCUAAAAGUGGCCAACAAACAGUACAACUCGCUGAAUAAUGACUAUGAGAUGACCCUCCAUGCCAACACGUCCAUUGUGCCAUGUGAUGAUGGUCAGGACAUCCCAGCAGUUCACUGCGACUUUAUUCCCAUUGCAGAGCUGGAAAACAAAGACAACAACGACAUUGUUGGUAAGAGAAGAGAAGCUGGUAAUGUGUCAGUUACACCUUAUCUGAACUAAAAGUUUGCUUAAAGGGAUAUUCCGGCGCAAAAUUAAUUUCGGGUCAAACACACCAUAACACCGAGUUAGACACCCCGUCGAGAGAUUAAUGUUGCCUACCUCUUGGAAUGGAACCACCCGCACACCUCAACCAAAAAGCCACUCUAUAGCCACAAAUAAUGCAGUACAGUACAUAUAGGGUCCCAGCCAUAGUACUAGCCAUCAAACAUCUUUUAGCUUUGCCUGAUUUCUCUAGCAAAGAGACUAAACACAACUCACCUACUCUCCUCCAGCAGCCGCUUGUUUGUAGAGUCCAUUACCGACUGCAGCGGGGUGACGCAGCUCAAGGAAGAACAUUUAUGAUCAUUUCUUUAUCAAUUCCUUCAAGUAAUAAUCACCAUAUUAAUCAUUUUGCACUGCAGACGCGGUAGUUCUUCUGCCUUAGCGUCUCGGUCUGAUUGCAUUUCCAUGAAGAAAUUGUUUCUAAAGUUGUUAUAACUAGAGAAGCAAGCGGUCGGCAACAUUCAUCUCUCGACGGGGUGUCUAACUUGGUGUUAUGGUGUCUACCCUAACUUAAUUUUACGCCAGAAUAUCCCUUUAAGUGCUUUUAAAAGUUUUUGAAAAAGAAAGUUUUAAUCUAUGCGUACGCGCCAAAGUAGAUGCUCUCUGUAACCUUUAAACUACUUGUUCAAACUUCCCGUGAUCAAAUUUCUUCAUUGCCCGAUCAAAAACUGGCCUGUUGGUGUCAGGACAGAAUAUAUGAGCUGCUGCCAGUAUAACAAUGUUCAACUUAUCAGCUUGACUAUCUCUGACGUGUCAGGCAAUUAACAGCUGUAGAUAUUAAAGACGGUGAAAAAUUGAGCUUCUAGACAUGUGCACAUGCCUGUCAGUCAUGUACCAGGUGUCCUUGAGGAAAAUGUUAUGACAGGGUCAGAGUGAAGGUUAAUUCAGGCACACGGUAAAGACAAGAGAUAAAAAAGGGAGGAUGAUGUUCAUUCCAUUGUUUUUGUGGAGGUUAGUUGCGGCGCCUGCCCUCUCUUCCUGACUGGAAAGUCUUAUCUCAGGGACAGGUAAAUUGGGAUGGUCCAGGUGUAGAUUGGGGUCAAAAAUUACAGAUUCAAUAUCAUGCUCUCGGCAGUUUGCUCAAUAUUUUCAGUCAGAUGAUGCACAGGUUUUACGGUGAUGUUUUAGUAGUAGAGACAGAGUUUAUCAAGACUGCUUCUGGUCUUAGUCUAAGAUUUAGACACAUUCAUAAUAUUCUAUCUAAGUUUAUGACCCCUGUUUGCUUAAUCUAGACUAAAAUCAAUAAUUGUUCAAUUUUUACGUAUAAUUUAAAAGUUUUCAGUACAAGUGUGGAAUAAACAACCGAGUUUUGCCCUGAUAAAAAUACAAACAUUUAUUCACACAGCACAGAGAAAUCAUCCUGCUCUAUCCACAGGGGCAAACAGAAGUUUUUCACAGGAGUAACUAGAAAUACUUACGGUAAAUCCGAUGUGCAGCGUCGGCAGGGUGUAGCAGAGCUGUGUGCAUGUGAGUGCAUGUUUGUGGUGUUCCCGCUGUGUGUUAACAAGCUGCACCUGUUGCAAAAAUAAUGUUAAAAAAAUACCAAAACAAAGACAAUUUGAUGUGAUGCAUCAUAAAUUUAAAGCAGGAUUUAAACUAAAAAGUGUUUUCCUUUUUUUUUUUUUUAAACCAAAUCUUAUGAUAAAAAUCCUCAUCCUCUUACCUGUGGUUUUUUUGUUGUCUCCUCUCCUUACAAAGAUGUUUGUGUCCACUGUGCUUUUGUUCAGACACCUAGAUAUGAGUUUGUAUCACACAAUAGAGCAGAGUGAAGGCAACUGCUCUUUAGCUGCACAAGCAGGGGUUUCAUCUUAUUUUAGCACAAAGUGAAUCAGAGAGACAAUGAGAGCACAUGAAGAAGAAGAAUUAACACCAUACUCUUAUCUGCAGGAUGUAAAAUUCAUGUUCAGUUAUAUUCUACGCAGCAAUCUUGUAAAGUGAAACCAGUAUCAUGUACGAGCACACCACGCAGUUUACCUGCAGGAGCGUGUUUGUGUUGAUCACAGUGGGCCGGUGUUACAUGUUGUGUGUGUGUCUGCUGUUGUGUCUCCAUUCACUCUCUCUCUGCUGCCUCUCUCUCAGCUCCUUUGUUAAAUAGGGGAUUAUAACAUGGUAAUGAGAACUGUCAGCCUGUUCCUGUGGUGAUAAUGGAGUUCAGAGGUGGAUGACAUCGUCUCAAUCAUAAUGGAAUUAAGGAGGGCUGAGAGAGAGCAGGCAGAGAGGAGGAGAGGAAGGGGGUGAGGAGGGGGGAGGCCUAAGAAAAAGGUUAGCAGAGGAAGCAGACAGAGGAAUGGAGUUCAGAGAAUGACUGUUUGACAAAAUCUAUAAAGUAAUACUGUUCAGGGGUUUUAUUAAACACAGGUGCACUGCCUCUCACACCGUGAAAAGAACAGAAACGAGAGGCUCUGUCAAGUUUUCGACCAGAGGGUGAAUUUGGGAUGCAGAUAUCAGGAGAUGAAGAGUAGGAUUCCUGUUGAAAACCCUAAAACUCUUAUAUCUGAGUCAAUUCAUACGUAAACAUUUGUUUACACUGGGAUAAUGGGGCAUUUUGACACAGCAUUGAUCCACAAAAAUCAUAUCAAAGUACUAACACAGAGGAGGAUAAUGUGAUUGGACUCAGUGCCACACACAGGUCAUGCAUUAAUAGAGUGCUGUCAGACUGUUUUAAGCACAAACAAAAACAUAAAGCAGUGAAGAAUUUCAUAUUAUAUCUUUAUUUUUAUUUUAUAUUUAUACCUGCUAUGGAGUCAUGCUGUUGUAAUAUAAUCAGAAUGUGGUUUGGUUUUAUCUAGCUAGAAUAUUUAAGACCUUUCCUGGUAAAGACAUUAUCCAAAUGGCAGCAGAUGUUGCUUCAAAACCUGUGUAUGUGGCUCGGCAUUGAUGGUGGCUUUCUGGAUGUGUGGACUAGGCAUCCUGUGGGCACUUAUUCACCCCCACAUCAUCAGGGAUGCCUCAGGGAUGAACUGUGCACUGAUAAUAGGCUGGGUGGUCCUCCGUCUCUUCAGAGAGCAGGAUGCUACUGCAAUAAUAUCCAAAGACAGUGUAAAAUUUUGAUCCAUCAGACCACACAAAAGUUUUCAACUUCACCUCAGAUCCAGAGAAGUUGCUAACAUUUCUGGAUCAUACUUACAGUUCUUAUCUUUUCAUAUUCUAAUUCACAAAAUUGAAUAUUUAUAGUCUUUUUUUAAUUUCAUUUUUAUUGAUAUGGGCUCAAAGAUUAUAAAAAUCAGAAAUACACUAUCUCAAAUUUCCUAAGAUCAAUCAAAAAAUGUUUUAAUACACAGAAAAGUGCAAUUUUAGAAAGUACUGUAUGUUCAUCUGUUCACUCAAGAAUGGUUAGGGCUUCAUUGAGACUAAUAAAUACAUCAAGUGUCUCUCAUCUUCCUCUUGAUAAAUAUCCCAUGAAUUCUCUUCUCCUUCUAACAUCAUGGUCAGCACACUGUUUUGAUGUAGUUUUGUCACUGUGGGCAGGUGCCAAGUCCUGCUGGAAAAGGAAUCAGCUUCUCCAUAAGGUUCAGCAGCAGAUGAAAGCAUGAAGUGCUCUAAAAUUUAUUUGGUAUAGACCAUAAGGAUGGGCGAUAUGGGCUAAAAAAAUCAUCACGAUAAGAUUUGCCAUUUUGGUGUUAACGAUAAAAGUCCCGACAAGAAAUAUUAUGAUCCCAGUCCAAAUAUUUUGACUCAUUUUAUCUUGAGAACACCAGUUGGAAUAGUCAAAUAAGAUACUUAACCACAAGUUUAAACUCUUAUUGCACAAAGUGAACAGCAGCAGAUCCACCAUUCCACACCAGGCAAACAUGAUUGCACUCAUCUAAGCCCCAAUCUUGAAGAAAAUCCCUCAUGUGGAGCCUCGUUCAGUAACGAGCUGCUCAGAAAUGUCUUCUUCAUUACCUUCGGCCAUGUUUGUUUGUUACUCUGCUCUGUGUGGGCUAUGGCUGCGAGUCCAUCGCCCGCACUUACGUCAUCAACUUGCUUAUUUAUCAUAAGAUGGCAAAUAAUAUCAUGGAGGAUUUUUCUGAAAUCAUGAAUGAUAAUUUAUCGCCCAUCCCUAAUAGACUGCUACAUCGACUCUUUGGUAAAACAUGGUAGACCAAAACUAGCAGAUGUCAUAGUAACCCAAAUUAAGACAGACUAAGUAAACUUUAUUUCAAACACCUUGGCUUCCGGUUUCUCCACUCCUCUUCCAGAAUCUGGGACCUUCAUAUAUAUAAAUGCAGAGUUUAUUCUCAUCUGAAAAAAGGACUUUGGACCAUGAAGACACAGUCCAGUCCUGAUAAGAGGAUGCCUGUGAUGUUCUCUUAUGUUCAGGAGUGGCUUCUGACUGUUGUAGUCCUUUUCUCUGAUAACAGCUGUGCAUUCUUUCCUCUCUCGCUGCACUGACACCAGUCGACUCCUUGAGAAGCUCUUUAGAGUCUUUGAAUUGACUUUUCUCAACAAUCCUCUUAAGGCUGUGGUCAUCUCUGUUGCUAGUGCACCUUUUCCCACUACAUGUUUCUAACAGUCAGCUUUCUGUCAACAUGCUCUGAUACAGCACUCUGCGAACAAAUAGCCUGCUUUUCCAUCAGUGAUCUUCUUGGGUUUACUCUCUUUGCGGCGGGUGUCAAUUAUCAUCCUAUGGACAACUGUCAAGUCAGCAAGACUAGUAAUGACAAAGUACUGCUUCGAGAAGUAGAGGAAGUACUUUCAGACUUUACACAUAAUGCACCCUCCUUUUCUGAACUCCCUUUGUUCUGCUCUGUUCAUGAAAUGUAGACAGAGAUGUGGAAAAAAAUGACUCUCUUUGCCUGCAGAUGUGAUUGGAGUGUGCAAGAGUGCAGAGGAUGUGUCCCGUAUCACCACUAAGAGCAGCAAAGAAGUCUCCAAGAGGGCCCUCCACUUAAUAGACACAACUGGCAAAGUGGUGACGGCCACAUUGUGGGGAGAGGAGGUAAUAACUAUAAUCUCUCUCUCUCUUUCUCUCUGUAUCCAGGGAUGGAUUUGGGGUUUUAACAUAAAAACGCGCAGAGCAGGCUGUAAUUAAUGGUGUGUUCGUGGAGAUGCCCAGCCGUGCACGUGCCCAUGUGUCUCUGCGUGCUCUGACACAGAGCUGUGUGAUUGGGAUUUCGGGGCUGUAAAAUUUUGGAUGGGUCGAAUCAUUCCCCUGACCUUCAGGAGUGUUUUGGACCCGAGUCCCUGAUUUGAGACAGCAGGCUAAAUAACUCUCGAAUGUGCAUGAAAUGGCACUAUUCUUCUCUAAGCUCAUUCAAUCUGCAAGAGCUAAUCCCUUCUCUUUGCCAAAAUCCAAAAGUGACUUUCAAAUUAACUUGUAGGUUGGCCAAUUAUAAAAGAAAACCAUACCCUGUAUCACUUUCUAGUCUAUCCAAGCUGCAGAACCAGACUGAACAUUUAUGAUACAAUAACGCCUCUGCUUUGUCGUCUCUUUUUCUUCAUCUUUCUUCUCUGUUGCUGUUUUUAACCGAGUUUUUUUUCCUCCCUUCAGGCUGAGAAGUUUGACGGCUCAGGGCAGCCGGUGGUCGCAAUCAAAGGAGCUCGCUUGUCUGAUUUUGGGGGCAGAUCUCUCUCUGCUUCGUUCAGUUCGACAGUUAUGAUCAACCCGGACAUACCCCAGGCCUUUUUACUGAGGGGCUGGUGAGUCGCUCUGAGCAUGUUCACCCACACACACACACACACAUUUGUAAGCAACUUAAAGGGAUAUUCCGGCGUAAAAUUAAUUCAGGGUGGAACACACCGUAACACCAAGUUAGACACCCCCCACCUAACUUCAUCAACAGUACAUAUAGAGUUCCAGCCAUAGUACUAGCCACCAAACAUCUUUUUAUCUUUGCCUAAUUUCUUUAACAAAGAGACUAAACCCAACAUACCCAUUCUCCUCCAGCAGCCGUUUGUUUGUAGCGAGAAUUCUGACCAGUGCUUUAUAAAGAUCAUAAAUGUUCUUCCUUGAGCUGCGACACCCCGCAGCAGUCCGUAAUGGACUAGCCUGCGGUCUCGCUACAAACAAGCGGCUGCUGGAGGAGAGUGGGUGACUUGUGUUUAGUCUCUUUGCUAAAGAAAUUAGGCAAAGUUAAAAAGAUGUUUGGUGGCUAAUACUGUGGCUGGGACCCUACAUGUACUGUUGAUGAAGUUAGGUGCUGUUCUGAGCAUUAUUUGUGGCUAUAGAGUAGCGUUUCGGUUGAGGUUUGUUUAUGGCUCCUCAGACCGCUGUGUAUUGCUAUCCUGCGGUUGUUACUAAAGUUGGUAGAACUAGAGUAGCAAGGGGUUGGCAACAUUCAUCUCUCAAGGGGUUGUCUAACUCUGUGUCAACCCUAAAUUAGUUUUACGCCGGAAUAUCCCUUUAAGUGUUCACAGAUUUCCAAUCACCUCAUCCCAAGUACCGCACAUUUGCUCACACAUGCACAGACUUACACACACACACAUACACACUCAAGGCGAACAUAAGUGCAAGGAAGUGAUGAUCAAGUGUCAGGAGACUGCUUAGAUGUACAUCCAGAGUCCCAGUGGGGCAGGUUGAAGACAGGACUGGCUUGAGGGAAAAACAGAGAAGCAGGAUGGAUGAAUCCAGAUCCCUCUCUGAACUUAAACUUUACAUGACCAGAAACAUGGGGGACACUGUGAGCUGCAUCAAACUGGAUUCUUCUUAGCGGCUCCUGUGGAGGGAUUUAGAAUUAUGACUCAUUCACUCACAUUAAGGCUGUUCCCAAAGUCAUCUCAACGCUGAAAUAUAAAUACAUUUGUCUUUUGUGUGUGUGUCUGCGUGUGUGUUUGUUCAUGUUAAUGUUUGGACCUGUAUGUGAUUACCUGCAUGUUACAGCAAAAGUCUAUUCUUGCUAUUCUUACGCUGAGAGUUACAUCAAACAGUGUGCUCAUAGAUUGUGUUUUCUAAUCGCUGUGGGCUUUACUCUGUGAAAUCCUUCAACCUUUAAUGUGUGGUUAAUGAAUUUGACUUACUGCGCUGUGAACUCUGAUUUUGGUCAUUUUUAUGUAUGUGUUGCACCAAUUACAGCAGCUACUGGGGGGUUGUUUUUUUUUUAGAAAGGGAGACAGAGGAGAGGUUGGUUUCCUGCUUUUACCUUGAUCUGAAUAGUCUCUGGUCAAUACAUUAUCUCAUUCUGACACUCACUGAACUCCCUAACUAAAAAAUCUUUCUGUUCCCCAGUCUCUGCUUCUGUUUGGUCCUCUCCGCAGUUAACAUGCCGACACCCACACGCGAAUCGCAGUGCAUGUUAGUCAGGAGGCAAACAUGCUUCUUAACACCUCCUUAAUAUUUAGGUCUGCGUUUCACAAAGACAAAAGCUCCUCUCUGACUCUCCUCCCGAGGCGACACGCUGCUUUUUGGGAUUGUUUUGACCAGGCUCGCUUGCAAAAUUGAAGGGAACUGAUGAAUUUGGAUGAUGCCUUGAUUAGAUUGCUCUUCUCAGCUUGAAUACAGAGCAGGAGUCACAGUGAAUUUUAAAAGAGAAUAUUAAGAAUGUGGAUUAAUGAAUCGUCUAAGUCGUGAUUUCCUUUUUACCUCAGGUUAAAAAAAACAAACAAUGCAUGUGGACUGAAAUUUGAAGACAGGUGUGAAAACUGAUUUAUGUGUUAAUACGGUCGUUCUUGAUCGACAGCCAUAUGCUUGAUAGAGUCGUUUGCAGCAUCAAGAUGCAGUGGAUUUAAAUCAGUUAGGGGAUUAGAGAAGUAAUUCAGUCACGCUGGAGAUGGUUUCUUUAGAUAAUCACAGAUGGUGCUGUUUUUCAUAUAGUGCAGAAUCUUCUUUGCAGAUCGACAGUAUGUUAAUGAAAUACAUAUUCAUGCUUGUAAGCACAUGAACUUGUUUUCCUCCCCUGUAUAAAGAGAGGUACCUGAAAAUGUUCACAGAUGACUAUUAUUAAUAUUAUAACUUGUCCAGUUUAAUUAUUAAGACAGGAAUUAUUAGUCAUGCUCUUUUUCCUUUUCAUUCAACUCGACAAAGCCUCCUUUCCUUUUCUUCCUUUCAGGCUCUUUACUCCCUCAAUAAUGCAUGACGUUUUUCACAUGUAUGUGUUUUUAUUUUGCGCUUGUUUGCACAUACAUUUAUUUAUACACACGCACUGUUGUGUGUUCUUAUUCCCACACUGUAGGUUCGACAAAGUAGGCUUCAAACUCAACAGCCAAUCCCUGACAGAGACGAGGUCAGCGGGCGGCAACACAAGGAUAAACUGGAAAUCUCUGAGCGACAUUAAAGAUGAACAGCUGGGACACAGGGAGAAGGUGAAGUACAUACAGUACAUCAUGUUCGAACAUACAUAAGUACUCACGCGGCCAUGCAGCCAGAGGUUUAUCACUGAAGAAGAUAGCUUCAGUUGACAGCGUAAAGAUAAAGAAGAUAAAUUUUUACACAUUUACUUUAUCUGAGGCCAAAAUCUGAAUAUCAAAGUGAUUGGACCAGAUUUGCUUAACCAGACAGAUGCUUUUACACUUCAGUGAGGAAGUUUCGGUUGACUAAAGUAAAAAAUGAAAAAAAAAACCAAUACUGCUGUUUUCUCAUGAAUAACUGACUUCAUGGUCAAAUUGUUCUUUUUUAUGAUAAACAGAUACUUUUCACACAUUUCCUGUGUAAAAUGAAGGAAUUUUAAAACUUACUAAAAAGUCUUUUAGGAGGACAGCUGCAUUUCUUUUUUGUUUGACAGAGUUUUUGUUUUUUUUACCUCUACAAUGACCCUCUUAACAAGAUGAUUAAACUUGAGUUAGUAUUUCUUUUUUGAGGAUUUGAUUAAUCAUUUCACAAAGUGUCUGAAAAAACUCAUUGUUUGAACUUCCUUCAGCUCAGAGUGUCACUUUUAAGAUGUUUACUUCUGUCCAACUAACUCUGAAUACCAGAGAUAUUUCCAGUCAUGUGCAGCAAAAUGUUGUUGAUAUUGUUGUUUUGCUGCCGUAAACCUGUUUAAUCAAUCAUCAUUUCUCAUAAUGCAAACAGGAGAUAGUUCAUUUAUAAACGAAGGAGAAGUCACAUAAAUCAUGUCACUUCUUCUGAGUACAGUAUGAAUGAGCUCAGCCCUUUAUGAGGACUUUACUAACUUUGUUACAUAAACAGUAAUUCUGCUUUAUUCGCUUUCACUGAUGUUGCACUGAUAUUUUGCCAACUGCAUUAUUCAAGGCAAGCCACAAUUAUGGACUUGUAUUAAAAAACAAAAAUGAGAACCAAAACAAACUAUGAAACUUUUAAUUUUAGUAAUUUUUUUUUUUUUUUUUUUUAACAACCAAAUGCUUUUUUCUUUUUAUCUUUCAUAUUAAAUAUUUUGUACUUGCUUGUUCUCAGUCACAGAACAGCGCCUGUAGAGCAGAUGGGAGCGGAGCCCAGGGGCUUUUUCCCGCUGAAGUAAACCUUGUUGUUUGUUUGCUCAGAUCUCUGAGCUGGGUCUUGAUGAAAACUUUGGCUGGUAGCAGAUUGAAAUGUCAGUCAGAAAAUCCUCCUCUAACUCGGACAGCUGGCUGCUGUUUGAAAACAAGAGUUUAGUGUGUGUGGCAGAGUUUGAGAGGAGAAAAUCUGUCACUGUUGUAAGACAAGCGAACGAAACAAAAGGUUUUGGUUUCAGUCCCUGAGAAUAAGAGAGUUUCAGAUUCAUGGUUUUGUUCCAGAAGUUUGCAACAAAGGCUUUGAUGACAAGUUUAUUUUCCUUAAAAUUUAAUAGAAUCCACAUUUUCUAAUUUAAUCACACACAGAGUAAAAUAUUUCAAGACAUUUUUUUUGUUUGAAUCUUGAUGACUAUGAAUUACAGCUUUCAAAAAUCAAAAAUCCACUUUCUCAAAACAUCAGAAUAAUGUGGAGUAGUCUUGUUUCUCCAGUUUCUCGAUCAGUUAAUUAACGCUGGGACACCUGCAAAGGUUAACCGAACUUUUAUGCUUACUCUGGGUCUGUACGCACAACCACAAUCAUGGGGGAGACUGCAGACUUAAUAGUUGUCAAGAAGAUGAUCAUUGCUGAGCCAGAGAAGGUCAUUGCUGAAAAGGGUGGCUGUUCACAGAGUGUUGUAUUGAAGCAAGAUAAUAGAAAGUUGACUGGAAGGGAAAAGUGUGGGAGGACUAGGUGACCAAGCAACAGAGAUAUCCGUGGCCUUGAGAGGAUUGCCAAACGAAACAGAUUCAAAAACUUAGAGCUUCACAGGAAGAGCGUCAAGAACCACCACUCUCAGAAGUGGACUACAAGUAUCAUGUUCCUACCUUUAAGACACUCCUGAACCAGAGAACUGGACAAUGGCUCAGUUGUCCGAAGUCCUGUUUUCAGUUGAAAGUCACUUUUGGAUCCCAUGUAGAAGUCAAGGUCCCAGAGUCUGGUACUUGAAGUCUGGCGUGAAGUUUUCAUAGUCUGUGAUGAUUUGGGGUUCCAUGUCGUCUGUUGCUGUUGAUCCACUUUGUGUGUCACCUCAUGUUUACAUCUGCCGAGAAGCUUUAUGGAGAUACAGAUUACCUCGGUACCUUCCCACAGCACCAGAACUACCAGAAACUGUUUUUGUGGCCACAGACUGAACUUGAUUGACCCGCCGAUUCGUGUCACCUGAACUUGACAGUCUCUGAAGUAUGAUUAAGAGAAAGAUGAGAGACUUCAGAGCAAAAAUCCAGACAAGCUGAAGGACCUGAGCUUCCAUAACACCCUAGCAGAGCCACAGACUGAUCGCUUUCAUGCCAUGUCACACUGAUGCAGUAAUUCCUGCAAAAGGAGCUCCGUCCUUGCAAUGAGUGGAUUUAACAUUUUAGAAAUUGUAGGGCGAGCUUAAAAAACAAAAAAAACAAAGGCCUGCUACCGUUACGGGGGGUUGUGGAGGUUAUACUAGAUGUCUUUGAUUUCAAACAAACAGAAAAGACAUGGAUUUUUGUCAUUUUUAUGAAAUGUGUCUCAUUUAUAUGUAAGCGUUUUAGAUGAACACAAAUCCACAGUCAGUCUUCUUUUCAUUUUAAAUAGAGCAGCUGUAGGCUGUGCCUUGCUUUGACUUCAUGGAUUAGAGUCAUGGUUCUCCUGUGUUAGCUGUGGGAGUCUGAUAGAGGAGCUCUCAUAUUAUCUAACUGCUCUAAACUACCCUUAGACUGUUGCAGGCACACGUGAGAACCCCGUAAUUGAUCCUUGCCUUAUUUUAAGAAGUGUUAUCAUGUAGGAUUAUCUUUACUUUGCUCUGAAAGUUGAUUGCAUGUAAAGCGGUGUACGCCACUCAAAAACUUUCUGUGUAAUUAACUGGGUUAACUUCCAGCUAGUCUCCCUCAUCCCUCAUGUUUAAUUAGGAGCCACUCACAAGAAGCUUCAAGAUCAGUUUUGUUUCUAAUAAAAAAACUUCUAAUUAUGUGUUUGAGGUGGAGGAAGCCUACGGGGCAUAACACUGAGGAAAGGAACUCGGAUGGAGAGCAUUAAUAGAUUGAGAUAAGAGUAGGAAAACCAGGCAGACACUUAAACUCCUCGUCUCUUACAAACCUACACGAAAGCGUUGAAAGUGAAAAAAGAGAAGACAAAGGAGUGGAGAGAGUGGUGACCCGAGGAGGAGAAAAUUGGCAGAUUUGUAAAAAAAGGAGGGUUCGGGUAGGAACACUUUGGGCGUAUAUGUGGGGAAAAGAGUUGAAAGGUGAGAGGUGUAAAUAAUUCAAGCUCUGAUUUUUUCCUCCUCACUCUGAGCUUUUCCUCUCCCUCUUGGUAUUCUCUUUGUCUUCUCCUCUUUUCUCUCUCUUUCUCUCUCUGUGCCACUGUCCCCCCAACCAUUCCUGUAAUUGAACGGCUUUGAGGAGGUUGUCUAUCACGUACUCUGAGGCUGCAGCUUUGCCUCUAAUAACAGAAACUGAGUCAUUAGCUUUCAGUCAGAGGGAACCUAAUUUGACAUUCUACCUGUCUGCCUGCAUGUAUGUGCGUGACUGUGUCUCUGUUUGUGCGUUCGAAGGUGUACAAGCCAUUUCUAAUUAAAACAGCAAUUUGUGUGUGUGUGUGGGUGUGGGUGUUGAGGUUUGGGACAAGCAUUAAGGUUGGCAUGUGCAGCCAUGUCAAUUAUGUGAGGUAGAUUUUCACUUGGUUGCCCUUCCACAUACAAAUUUUAAUUGCGUUUAGGUGCCAGAGGUGACACAGGGAUUUGGUGUGAUAAGAAUAAAAAACUAUUUCCAAAAUAUCAGAGGUGUGUGCGAACGAAUCUUUAGGUGAUUCUGCGCACGUAUUAGUGUGUUAGGGUGUCUUUUUGUGUGUCUGUUUUUGUGCGUGGCAUUAGUCAUGCUGCUCCUCCAGGUUCUCCUCAGUGUGCUUAAGGUUAAGACUUUGCCCCAAGGCUUCUGUGUACUCACUGGAAUACAGAAGGACAGAGCGAAAGCCGCAGAAGGAGCGGGGAGAACAGGGGAGAUGAUGGCAAAUGCAGGGGGAUUUAUUUAGAGUGGUCCGGUUGUGAUUGAAUCGCUGUGGUCCAAAUCCUGCUGACCUCUGUCUUCACAUUCUGCCAACAUCAUGAGCCCUUGACAAUCCCCCCCUUGAAAGACAGCAUCUCCCCGCCACAUGCGCCCUCCGCACCACCUUCCCCACCCGUUGCCUUCCCACCUCUCCAGCCUCGCAGCGCUCCAAUCCACCCAAGUUUGCGAAAUAUGAUGAGGCAGGCAGGCGGGCGGAAACAUGGGAGUGCGGCACUGAGGGGGGGGGGGAAGGGCUGUUGCUAACGGGAAAAAUUCUCCUAAUUAAAAAAGCUCCUUUGCAAGUGUUUUGAAAGGGCUUCUUCUUGCUGUGUGGCAUGGGCGCUGGGUGGAUGGAUGGGUGGACAGAUUAUGAGGCUGUGAGUCAGUGUUAGCUAGCGGGGAGAAAGUGUCACAGAGCUCUAAGUCUGACUGACAGUAUCUGUGGAGGUCAGGGGGACAACAGAGAGCAUCAUCCAUCUCACAAGGGAUGCUGGGAACACAAUGGCCUUUUCACAUUCACUGCCCUUAGUGAACUCUUAACAAGAAGUGUGGGCUGCAAAACCGAGGAACAGCACCGCUCGGUCGCUGUGUGUUCGCGAAUUUUGGCCAGCGUCCUAGAGAGAGUCUUUGAUAGACUCAUUUAGGCCAACAUUAGUAAUGAGUCUGGCCCGGCUCGAGCUUGUAGUUGUUGUUUUAGAACGCAUUUUAAAGCAUUUCAUUUUAAAUUCUGGCUGUAAUUCUAACAUCUUGUUUAAGGCCGGCUCUCCUGGUAGCAGAAAUACCCUCUGGUGAUGCCAGGAAAAGCAAAAGGAUUUUUCUGGGGUUUCUUACUUGUGUGCUUGUAUUUAUUCUUUUCCUGCUCGCACAUGUGUGUCAGUUUAUUGGCAGCAGUGUGUUUGUGUGAAGACGGGUGCGUGUGCUCUCUCCUCCUCCCAGUGAGACCCAGUUCAUCUGCUGUGUGCGUUCUUUAUGUUUAUAUUUAUGGAAAUCGAAUGCGGUGCCUCUCCUCAGGAUGAGCGAGUAGCCUUUCUACCCCCGGAAUUAACAUUUCUUUCCUUUUUUUUUUUGGCUGUUGAUUUUAGCAGUGUGAGUUCUGACGCUUAAGGUGCUAAUAUCUGUUUAAAUUAUGACAACAUCGCUGCAUUUUAAUUUGAUUCAGCUCGACUGCGUACGCGCUCAUUUAGAUUCAAAAAAUGGAAAGAGGCUCAUUGUAUCUGUAUUGCAAAUGUGUAAGUUUGGGUCUUUGCAUAUAACCUUGCAUGGGAGUAGAGAGAGACUGUGAAUGUGAGCACAAUUUAUGUAUUAGAGAGGGAGAGAGAGAGAUUCGUCUCAUCUUGCAUCUAUUAUGCAUUGAAUUCUCAAACUCCCUCUGCUCUCUUUUUAAACUGUUCCAAGAUUGUUUGGAAGUCAAAUAGAGAUGUGUAAACAGCAUGCAUCUACCAGCUGGACGGACUCGUUGGCAUCAGUUUUACCAACGGUGCCAGGCUUGAUCUGAAUUUAUUUUUAUUUUACUUCAUGUUUCUCUUUGCACCCUAAGCGGCUUAUUUGCAUUCUUUAAACUGUUGAAAGAUGUCCUGCCUGCACUGGAAGGAGCACUUUUUUUGCUCCUGCUUGUCUCUUUUAUUUUUUUUUUUCUUGACUCCAGUUGGACAGGCUUCAUAAUAUUCAUGACAUUUGCUGCAAAGUGAGGAUUUUAAAAAUACCAAUAUUGACAGUACAAGAAAAAUGCCAAAUCAUACUAAAACAUUUGGAUGAGAACAGACCAUCUGCUUGAGACUAUUCACCCAAAGGUUUUAUGUUUUUUUUUCUAAUAUUUGUUUUUUUUUACUUCAUCCAAGAGUUUUUCAUGGACUAAUAUCAAUGACAUUUUCAUUAACCAGCUCUGUAGGGUUUUGUUUUUGAUGAUGGUUUUACCUUUUCUUCACAGUAUCCUCCACAAAGCUGUAAUUUGGUCAUGAAUGAUGAAUGAGCAGGGCCUGUGCAGUUGUCAUACAAAACCUUACUCGGUGACUAUUAGAGGAAUAAAAACUAAACUGUCUCCUUCCUCAAGGCAGCCAAACUGUGAAAUUUGGUGUCUGUUAUUCACCUUUAAUAUUUUACAAGGAUUAUUUCCAUGACACAGAUUAGUGAAGCACUUACUUUUCUAUACUGCAGCUAAGUGACCAGCCUUUUAUGGCCACAGACUUGCAUCGACUAUUCCUCACAUAUAAGUCUCUCCUCCUUAUCUGUGUGCGUACAUGUGGAAAAACAAAACUCAGUAUACAGUCUGUGCUCUCGGAUGAAUUUUUGACUGUUUUAGAAAACUGUCCCUGGUUAUGUAUCAUGAGCAGAUUUCUGUCCUGACUCUGUAUUGUUUCUGGUUUCACUAAGAUGUAUUGUGCUGUGAUUAUUUAUGGCCGUGUGUGUACUUUUGUUGUUUGUGUCUGAACAAUGUACUCACUAGAAGACAGAUUUAUUUUUAAAAAACCCUCAGAGAUUCAUCCGACCGGAUAAGUUAUUUUUUAUCUCAACUUCUCCAGCUCACAGGAAACAUUUUUUUGGUGAUGGUGGGCAGUAGAUCUACCCUUUUGAAGUAAUCAGCUGUUGUAGCCAAACCAAAACAGUUUGACGCACGGAAAGUUGUGAAAUUGGUCAUCGUACCCGACCAUUGUCAUGUGGACUCGACUCUUUAAUUUGACUUGUUAUUAUUCAUUGUGUUCUUACAGCCCAAGCCACCUGGUGUCUUGUUCAUCUUCUAAUACGGAGCCUCCUACACGAACAAACACUUCAAAGUUUCUUCUCGUGGUCACGCUCAUAAGUCACCUUUUAAAGAUGCUGCUUUGAGGAGAGUAGUGACAGUCUUGAUAAUACAUUCGGCUUUUUCUGUGAAUGUAGAUUAUGUAAAUGUGAUGACUUACACACAGUGAGAGAGGAUUCAUUUUUCUUUUUUCUGUUACGCAAGUCUAAGUGGGACACAGACAGACCUUCUUUCAAGGUGGGGUAGGCAGGAUCUGAGGAAGUGCCAGUUUUUAGGAGAGAUCUUGAAUGUAAACACUACCCCUCCCAACAAGCUUUCCCCUCAGCUCCUCCUCUCCCCAAGCCCCGCCCACAAACAGACGCUCCUGCUCGCUCGUAUCGUUACAAUUAAAUUCAGAUAAAUACUUCAUAUAAUGACAAAUGGGGCCCAGUCAACGUGAAUGUAAACAGCAUUGGUGCUACUGUAGAUGCCAACAGACUACCAGUAAACACAAUGUUUGCAGGACUUCUACAACGAGGAUAAAGUGACAUACUCCAGGUAAACAGUGUAGUGGCGCUACAACACGCAGCAGGUCUCGUUUGACAAGAAACACUUCUGUUACAGACACUUGGCUUACUUUGUUAAAGUGGUUUACCUGUCCAGGAGAAAGGUUACAGAGUACGUAAGAUCCUGAAGCGUCCCCCAUCGUUUAUACUGAUGUUGUCCCGGCUUUCUAGCUCUCGUCCGGUUUACCUCCGUUUUGAGCGCCAUUAUUGCUCCAGAGUCUCCAGUAUUUACUUUGUUUUCUUUUUUGUGUUUGCAGUCGUGGCCAAAGGAGGAUUCAGACAACUGUCCAUACUUUCUGGUUGGUUUCUACUGUCCGAUAUUGUAGCACGCUAUAGUUAUUUGAGGACUAGAAACGUGCCUCACAACACGAGGGUGCAGCGUCUGCUUCACAACCAAUCAGCACUGAGGAGCAGCGACCACCUCGCAACCAAUCAGGUUGGGGGAGGUGGAGAACAGCUUUGUUUAAAGUCAGAAAGAGAGGGCUGCUCAAAAAAUUUUAAAUGUUGACUACACAGACAUAUCAAAACACAGCCAUAUUAUUAUUACCAAAUGUCAUCAAUAACUAAUAGCUACUGUCUGAUAUUAAAAGCUUUUUUGUAAAUACACCAAAAAAAAAAAGGUGCUUCUUCAACGAAUUCCUCCCUUCCCCACCUUUAAGCCUCAGAGUUGUUUUUGUGAUUCUUCUUAACACAACCUCCUGGUUCAUUUAGAGGACAGGAUUGUAGAGUUAGAAACAGGGUAGAGAAAAUGAAGGUUAAAAAGAUGACAGAAACACUAGAAACAGAGAUGAAUAGUUACAUGAAUAAUAAAUAGAUUUGAAAACGUGUAUGAAGACAAUAAUGGUCAUAAUGCAGUCCAAGGCUAAAAAAGGGGAAAGAAAUCAAUAAAGAGUAAAAGCCAGAUUAAAAAGGUAAGUUUUUGGUUAACUUUGCGGUCUUGCUGUCUACCAGAAACUCUCUUUUCAGUGCUUCAGUGAGACACAUGAGCAUCAUUUAACAGCAUUCAAGAACCUCAGAGACCUCACCCGAGCAUAAAAUGUCAGAAAAUCUGUAUUGUAUGGAGGAGCAAGGCCACGAAGAGUUUUGAAAACAGUUUUAAGAACUUUCUGAAAGAAACAGGAAGCCAGUGCAGACUUUUUAAGAGGGGGAGUGAUGUGAUGGUUUUUCCUUUUGAGUGUUAAAACUCUAGCAGCAGCAGCAGCGUUAUGAAUGAGCUCGAGUUUUCUAAGAGGUUUUUUAGUCAAACCAGUAAAAUUGGAGUAAGAGAAAUCUCAACAGCUUGUGAUAAAAGGAAUGGAGGCCAAACUUUGGGUCAUAUAAAAAACAAAAUGAAGGGGCUCUUAAUCAGAAACCUUUUCAUAAAGUCCAGAAAACUCAGCUUCAGCAGGGAAUUCGCCCUCGGAAAGGGUCUGCCUAAAUUUCAGAUCCUGGCCCUAACAAGAAGUUUCGAUCCGCCAACAGCCUGAACAAUCCAUGUUUGCUUUGACCAUUCACACUAAAAACAGAGACUUCAGUACUGAGAACUGUACUGAACUGAAACUGACUUUGGAUCUUUACACCUCUAAUCCAGUGUGUUUGACUUGAAAGGUUAAGAUUUACAAAAAAAAAGCUGUACUCUGAAAAAUACUUGUCUGAUAUUUAGUUGUUCAUCAUAAAGUUUAAAGAUAGGAAGCCAGAAGUUGUCUCUCAUGAAUUCAUGGAUGUAUUAGUUUUGCACCUGGCUGUGAUAAUAACUGUGUUUGCUUGGAAAGCCUCAAAGAAGAAACCGUUUCAUGCUGGGCUUGAACUCUUCAUACAAUCUGUUUUUUUUCCCUUCAUUUGAAUUUCAACUGGUUUUACUCAAGACUCAAAAAUAGCUAGAUCGGUCUACUCUGAAAUUUUAAUGGAACAUCUUCAGCUUCAGCCCUCUUCAUGUUUUUAACAUUCACUAGUACUACAAGAACACACCAACAUAUUCAUGAAAAUACACUAAGAGGAGCUGCCAGUUUAACAGGGCACGGGGAGGAUCCUUCACACCGGUGCCCUGACUCUUCCUCUAUCAUCGUUUCCUUUCUCCUGCGCCUGUUGUCUUGUAUUCUAUCAAUAUUCCACAUUUUCAGCGACUUGAAUCAUGCUUUUGAGGGCCAAAUGGUAAUGAGCUGGUGAAUCAUACUGUUACAUUGUCUUCUCUUGCUGCUCUGGUGGGGGUGGUUUCGCUGCUCCAGCUCCAGCUUCCAAAGUGGUACAUUUAAUGCAGUGUUUUGGAAAUGAUGUUCAGAAUGUAAUUAUCCCUGUACGGGUGGGAACAACUGGUGUAAAGUAAAAUUAAAUAAACUGGUUGCAGUACAAACAUUUUCUGUAAUAAGAUGAUUUCAUUUUAGGUUCAUUUGGUUUUAAAGUUUUGGUCCAGCGUGUAACUCAAUUUGUUGGAUAGAUCUCUCCUCAGUGGAGUGUUGUUUAAAAGAGCAGCACCUGCAAAUUAACUGCUGCUUUUUCAGACAAUCAAGUUGCAGCACUUGGAUCUGAUUUGGUAGUUUUCAUUGAUCUCGCUGCUCUGUUCCAAUAAUUUGAUUUCCUUCUCUUGCACUUAUUUGCUCUCAUCUUCUUAGGCGGACUAUUUCAGCUGCAUAGCAACGGUGGUGUACACUCGCAAGGAGAACUGUCUGUACAAGGCCUGUCCAUCCGACAACUGCAACAAGAAGGUUAUCGACCAGCAGAACGGGUUCUUCCGCUGCGAGAAGUGUAACAGAGAGUUCCCCAACUUCAAAUACAGACUCCUCCUCUCUGUAAGUGCAUACGCUGCGCAUCUUUAAUGCAGCAUCGCCGACUUUGAGGGAUGUUGCCACUUUAGUGAUCACAUACAGACAUGAAUAAUCUCUGCUUCCCUCCCUCAUCAUCUUGUCUGGCUGUCUGACUCUCAGGCCAACUUGGCAGACUUCGGGGAUAACCAGUGGGUGACAUGCUUCCAGGAGACAGCUGAGGUUCUGUUAGGUCACAGCGCGGAGACGCUAGGACAGCUCAGAGACACAGUGAGAGACACACACGCACACAAAUACAAUUUACAGCCACACGCAUCUCUCCUUUAACCAGCUUGUCCACAUCUGGCAAGAAAAUUGCUUUCACGAUUCUGCUCUGAGGGUUAACUGUAACAGACUACUUCCUGUAAACUACUGACCCUGACUUUGUCUCCACCUGUUUUUUUUUGUGUGUGUUUUUCCCUGUGUGUGUUUUUCUCAGGAUGAGGCAGCUUUUGAUGAAGUCUUUCAGAGAGCCAACUUCACCGCUCACAUCUUUAAAAACAGAGUCAAGCUGGAGACGUACAAUGUGAGUAAUCACAAACAGGGAGCGCAAUACAAUUUGAUACAAUGCAAUGCAAUUUAGUUUCCCAGUAAUAAAAGAGCAGGAAAUAAUGACAUGUGAUGGCGCUCAUCAUUGUCCUGCAAGCUGUGAGAGUAUUUUUCAAUGCACUCUGCCUCCCUGGGAUUUUCGACCCAUGAUUGGCUUCUGCAUGUCUGUUACAAGCAGCUGUCUUAUCACUGCUUUGAACAAACACACCAGCAGGCAUUUCAUUUUUCUCUCUAUGCUAAUAAUGGUCCUGGAAAAAUAAGCUUUCAAAACAACAAUUGUAGCAUUGUAGUACAAACAUUGAAUGGUCUCAUUUAGGGUCAAUUUUGCAAUCAAAAACGCCAAAAUGGGGAGCCAGCUACAGCACACCAUUGAGAGUUAAAACAGUGUCUUUCAGAAACCGAGGCCACCUUUAGUCAUUAAAAGCGGUUGCGGCGAACAUUUUUCGAGCCCACGGGAUUUUGUUCUUGUCAGAUCUGAGUAACACCUCCUUUGUCAUGACGAUGACAAAUGAAGUCUGAUGGUUACAACAUGAUGAGACGGCAGAGCCCGCAGUGUUUACAGAUUUAGUAUUUUGAUUGGCACAAACUUUGCUCUGAUUAGCAGCAACCUUUAAGAGGAGCUGGUUGCAGGCAGAGGCGUAGGGAUGAUUCCCCGAAUAGUGAUAUGAAUGAAGGUGCGUCAGAAGCCUGAGCGUCGAAAAAAAAAAAACCUGUGAAACCUACAAAAAGAAAUCCAUUCAUACACUGCAAAAAUAGCCCUACUAGAAAGAAGCAAAAUAUUCUUAUAUUCAGUCAAAUAAUCCUGUAUCAAGCCAAAAAACCUGCCAUUAGGGUAAGAUUUUUUGCUUCUCAAAAUAAGAACAAAUUUCUUGGCCCUGAUGGACUCAAAUGAAACUUAAAACUAGACAGAAAAUCUUCUAUUAAUCUCUUUUUUUCUACAGCAAGCAAUGAUAUAUGAAGAUGAAGUUACUUAAAAUUAGAAUGUUAGUCUCUUGAAUAGAUGAACUUCAAGAAAAUACACCUUAAGGGAUUAUUAAUGAGCACGACAGCAGUUCAAAUAAGAUAUAAUUUCUUAAGUGAUGUCUUAAAUCUAGAUAUCAAUACAUUCUCAUUAGAUAUAUAUUUUUCAUUCCACAAGCAGGCAUGUGGAAAGCAAGCAUGGUCUUAAUUGUUUAUUUUUGUUUUGCAGUUUUCAUUUGGUCAUUGUAUUAUGUUGUCCGUUAUACAGACUAGCCUACUGACAUCUUUAUAUGUCAGAUAAUGUAGGAGGCAGCAGAUUCUGUCAGGUUCAGAUGACCUGCAAUGGAAAUCCACUGUUCUUAUUUCAUGGCAUUCUUAAAUUGAGAAGAUGUACAUAUGUCUUACUCUUAAAAUGAGACGAAUGAUCUUGUUGCUCCGCUGGAUUUUACUAUAAAACAUUUUUCUACUCUAUUUCUGGUUUAUUCUAUCUCAAAAUUAGCUGGAAUAUCUUAUAAAAAAAGUUAUCCAUUUUCUCUUAAAAUUAGAUAGUUUUUCUAAUGUCAAACAUGCUUGACAAGAUUAAUAUUCUUUUUGUACAAAAAAUAAGACUUAUUUCCUCAAUACUAGGCUGUUUUCCUUUCUUGAAAUUCCUUUUUUGCAGUGUAGUAGUAGUAUGUAAUACACCCCAAUAUUAAAUCCAAGAUGUUUUUUUUUUUUGCUUGCUGUCAAUAAAUAUGUUACAGCAACAGCCACCAAUCACGUGAGGCCACAAAACAAGACGUAGUAGUGCAAAAUAAACACAACACAAUAUCGGUCACACAACACAGAUUCAAAACCAUUUCAAUUAGAAUCACAGUGACAAGGGAGUUGUUAUGAAGCCAGUGUGCUCUGGUUAACAGAAAAACAAAUACAGCUGUGAAUUCAUUGCUCUUAAUUAGGCGCUAAUUAGCAUUUCGCUAUUGUCUGUCUAAGCCUAAUUAGCUUAAUUAUUCAGAGGCUAAUUUGCUACUUGGGGCACAUAGCGAGAGUCUGAGUGGAAUGAUUGAGAUGUAGGAUGAGCUCAGAACGGUCUGAAUCCUGACCGCAAGAAACCCUACGAGGAACGCCACGCAGAGUUCAGAAGCCUUUUUUUUUUUUAACUCAAAAACUUCAAGUUCCCGACGAAAAAAAAUGUUUGACAUUUGUAAGGAAUGCAUAUUUUCUGUAGCUGCAAUCUCAUUAACGUACAGUCAUCUCUUUCACUGAGAUAAGCUCUAGUGUCUAAUUACCCCAAAAACCAGUAAACCAGAACUACUUAUCAAUACAAACAGAUGCUGGGAAAUUCAUUAAAGCCCACAAAACAAAAAGUUUGUGAAGAUUAUGUCAAAACAAACAGCAUACUGAUGAUUUUGCUGCUUUGACAGUUUUACUCUCAGAAUAUACUGUUAAAAAAUGGAUGUAUUUUUCGCACCCUUUUAACCAAACUCAGUAUAUUCAUGCCAGUUUGAAUUUGAGUUUGUUUCACGCACCUUUUCCUCACAUUGUUGGUUAAAAAUCAGGUUUUUAGUGGAGUUUAUCUUGAGCCAAUCAGAAGCAAUGAGAACUUUAUCAUCUAUGUUUUUCGCUAAAUAAAAGUAAUGAGCCCAAACUUCACACAAGACUCAUCAAUGUACCCCAAAUUUAUUUUCAGCCGGUCUUUGUCGAAGUUUUCGUUUCAAAGCUUCUGAUUCAAACGGAUGAACACCGAGGAGAGACUGUGAUACGCUCAGUCGCUCGGCGCGUCUCUCUACCUCAGCCUCAGUUCUUUCUGGCAGACUUGUGAGUGUAACACAAGAGGAAAAGAUCAGACAUCCGCUUCUUUGUUUUCGCAGAAGUCGAAAAAAUUUAAUGAAACGUCGGAGCUUAAGAGGAUUAAUGAUGUUACAAAAUGUGUGCUUUGUCUUUUUUUUUUGUAACAAGAAGACACUGAAGGAAAAACAACUAUGUUUGGGUUAGGAUCAUAUUUCAGAAAUACUCCUUGAACUUCUUGCAUGGAAACAUUUUUUUUUCAACAUUUUGGUGCAAUGCAGAAGUUAAAAUACCAACUACUGCCAUCCAUAAACUAUAAAUAUUACAUCAAACAGCUGCUGACUCUUCUGCCCCUUUUUCUUUUUCAGACUUUAUCCUCGUCUUUUUUGAUGAAGUGCUUGUCUGUAAUUUUAAAAGGACUUGUUAAAGUUGCUUUUUGUUUUACAAAGUCUGACUGUAGUGCUUGUGUGUACAUAGAUUUAAAGGCCGGGAAGCCUUUGUAGUUGGUGUUUAUCAAAUAACUCCACAUGUAAAGGGAUGUUCUUGCACGCAGGAAGAGUUUUUGUUUGAAAAGUAUCAGCUGAUCGCGGGAUUUCUGAAAGUACAAAGCGAUGGCGAGUAAAACUACCACGGGUCUUGAUGUUAGUGCAGGCAACAGGUGGUGAGGUGGAGCUGCGCAGAGAAAGGAGAGCAUCAGUGUGCUCUUUACAGCACCGACGGUCCUCAUCUCUCUGCCACAGGUGGAGUUAAUGGAAUUCAGAUGAUGAUGAUCAGAUCUGGCCUGCAGCACUGGAUUCACUGGGUGCUCCUGUCUUCAUAAACAUUACAUUUGCAUUUGUGUUAAUGAUUAUCAAAGAUAAUAUAUAUGCUCCUCGAGGAAGAGUGCGCGAUCCCCACCCAGAGACUGAAUGCAAUAUUAGAGUCCAAGUGUUUUAUAAGGCUUUGAAUUUUCUCCAGGUGGGACACUUAUUUUUAUGAAAUCUGUGAUAUUAUGCAGUGUUAGAUUAUAUAAAGGUUCUGUGUGUGUGUGUGUGUGUGUGUGUGUGUGUGUGUGUGUGUGUGUGUGUGUGUGUGUGUGUGUGUGUGUGUGUGUUUUAGUCUGUGGACAUGGAUGUGUAUGCGCUAAUGUGUGAGUGCACAUCAAUCUGAAGUGCAUUAAUUGAUUUUGUCUCGAUGAAUACAUUACUGUCAGAGGGGACCUGCGCUGAAAGCCACACACUCUUGACAUAUUCAUUUAAAAUCAUCGACAAAUCACCCUCUGAGCAGGCUGUGUCAACAUCACAUUCAGGUCCCAGUGAAGCCGUGGAAUAAGGAUUAAGAUAAUUUAUGGCUGAAAGUGGAGAAAGUAUCACACACACAGAUGGAUCAUAUUUAUUCUGAUUUUUCUGAUAACUUACACAGCCUGUGUUAUAGACACCCGUCAUUCUAUGAACACCAUUGUGUAGGCAACUUUUUAAGACAGGGACUCCACUAGACCUCUGAAGGUGCACUGUAGUAUCCGACAGCAGAUCCUUUAAGUCCUGAAAGUUGCAAGAUGGGGCCUCCAUGGAUUAGACCUCAUCCUAUGGAUACUUAUUUGGAUCCAGAUGAAGUAAAUCCUAGUCCGGUCCUGAUGCUCACAUGUCCAUUGCAGGCACUUUUACACUGCAGGUGUAAAAGGAUCAGAUUGGGCCCCAUGACCGGUCCGUGACCAGUGAACCAACUGAUGCGCUGUCUGAUCUGACACUUCUUAUCAAGUCAGCAUGAACUUUUUCACAGAUUUAAGCUCCAGUAGCUCUUUUGAUGGCUUGGACCACACAGGCCAGUCCUCUCUCUCUCUCUCUGUUCAUCAAAGAACCUCAUCUGCCCUUGACCUUUUUCACUAGGUCCUUAAUUUUUCUUCCCUGCACCACUUUUUGUCAGGCAAGGAGAGAGCUAAUCCCAGCUGUCACUGAACAAGACGCAUACAACCAUGAACACUCACAUUUUUACCCAAGGGCAUUUUAGAGUGGCCAGGUACCCUAAUAAGCAUGUCUGUGGAGUUUGAGGUGAAGCCAGAGGGAACCAAUGCAUGGAAAGAACAUGCAAAUCCAUACAGAAAGGCCACUGGUCAUAUGCAGUUACCAGCAUAUACAGCUGAGACUAUUGGAUAUGUUUUAUUUCGAUGAAAAUGACAUUCAACCUGACUGUAAUAAUAACAUAUUUUUGUCAAUUUAGAAGAUUAGAAAAAGUAGAAAUCCUUGUAAACACUGAUCUGUUCAACAUGAACAUAGGAAAAUAGGAUCUAUCUGUAAUCUUGCUGGUCCUCUACUAAUGUUAAACAGAUUUUAUCUUGAAGAAGAAAACCUUGUGCUAAAAUUUGCAGCUUUCACAGCAUCAUUUCUGUUUAGCAGAGGCUUAAUUAGCUCCCCAAUCAUUGAGAUAUUUCACUCCAGAUUUUACAGCAGAGCCACAUGGUCAGCUUGUCUAUAAGCGGAAGGUAAAUUAGUAAAUUUAAUGUAAAUCUUAUUAACAUCUUACCCAUCAGUGUUUAAUAACUGCACAGCUGCACUGUUCAUACUGCUCAGCAGGGAUCCUUAUGUAAUGUAUGCAUACUGUAUAUUAUUCACUACACCAGAGAAUGGUGCUGGCCCCACAAACAGGUGUGUGUCGACAUGUUCUUUCAUUGUGUCGAUGUUUAACAAAAACACCUGAGCCCUCUAACUGCUUUGAGUUGUAUAUUAGGGUUACGCUUUUGGCCCUGAAGUGAUUGUUAUCCACUGAUGUGAUCAGAAUGUUAAUUUUCAUUCAUUAAGUAAAGGCUUCUCCCCUGUCCUUUUAAGAUCAUUGCUUUUGUAUAAGUUCUCACCUUUUGUCAAGUGAGUCUCCUUGUGUUAAAAACACUAAUAGAGGUGCUGAGCCGUGUCUAAGGUGCAGAAAAAAUGUGAGAUCCUUGAUACUUGCUGUGCAAGCUGAGUUACUAACUGAUAAAUAGGAGUGUCCUGAUGCAACUUUUUUACUUCCGAUACCAUAUCAAUAUUGAAGCCUUCAGGAUUGGCUGAUAUUGGCACAAACUUGAGCAUGACAAGUUUUGCACUCAGCUGCAACAUCUUUUUCGGACUUUAACAAAAAAUGCUGCCACAUGGCUGAUAUCCCUCCUACUCCUUACUCUAGAAUGUUGUGCUAAUUAUGUGGUAUCUUAGUAUUUCUUAUGUGUGAAACUCAAAGAACUAUUUGUGUAAGUCAAAUUAGAACAUGUGUUUAAAAGUUUUUGUCUUUUGAAUUCAAAAUAAAGGUAAACACGGACGAGAGCACAACAUCUGCCUCUGGAGUAUUUGACCUUGAACGCUCCUUCCCUUGAACAAAUUAUAUUUAAUAGUUUGUGCUGCACGCUCCCGAUGUUAUGUCAGAUUUGGUCUAAUUAGCUCCAAGCCUUUUUGAACUGUGCCUUAAUGCCUUAAAGCAUUUUUUUUUUUUUAAAGAAAUCCUGGAAUUAAUCAUGUGUAAAUGAAAAGAAAAUAGUUUUUUAAUGUAUCACUCACUGUAAAUAUUUGCUGUGGAAAAUGUAAACAAAGGCAGGUAUCAGGCACAAUUUUUGACAACACAGCGUUGUCUGUAUGGUUUGGCAUGUUGUACACGUGCAAACAGAGUUUUGGGGUUACUGAAAAUCAAGGUUCUCAGAAAACACCUUCCAAGAUACAGAUUUUUUUUCAACAUUAUCUGAAUGGUACCACAACAAUUUUAGUUUAUAUGUGUAACCUGUGUGACAAAUCAGCGGGUUUCAGGAAUCUGCGUUUUAACUAGAUGUUAAAAAGGAUCAGUUGCUAUUCCAAGUCAUGGUUCUAGUGAUAGAAAUGUGUCUUUUCUCACAUCAUUUUGUCUAUAAACAUGUUAAAAGAUCAAAUUUAACUCCCUCGAUCCCCCUCGAUAUUAUCAAACUUCUGUAUUUUAUAUUCAUCAUAUAGAUUUUCCUUGCUGCAGAAGCUAAGACGUUCCUUUUAUUACUUUGUUUUACGAUCUUGAACAUUCGGACCAGAAAAAAAUACGAAACAUGUCCAAACAUUUUAAAAACAGUGUGAAGUAAGCAUCUAUAUGCCCAAGCUGAAAACUCUGACAGGCUUAAAGAACUGUUGGUACACUUAGAUCACCAGAGCCUAAUCUAGCUGAGGUUAAAAAUGUCCUUUCAUCAUGGGAACAAUUCACUUAACACAAAAUGGUUUUUCUCCCUCCUUUAGGACGAAACUCGAGUGAAGGUAACUGUACUGGAAGUCCAACCCAUUGACCACAGAGAGUACAGCAGGAGACUCCUCAGCAACAUCCGCCAACUGGCCGGAUAAAAUCCUCCAAAGGGCUGCCUGGUGACUAAACUGGUCCUCCACUGAUCUCUGACUUCUCCAACUUUUUCCACCGGACAACAACAUUUCUGAGGCGACAGAUGGGCGGCCACUGAUUCAUCGUGUUUAAAUGGCAGAAACAAGAGACUAAUGCUAAGUUGUUCAUGUUCUUCAACUGGCUGGUUGAACAACAUCAGAAAUGUGGCAUUUACAUUAGAUUUUAUGCCAGUAUAACAGAGAGGAUUAAAAGACAGUUUUUUAUGUAGGUCAUUUGACAUGUUCUGUCUUUGUUUUAUUUACGUGAUUCAUCUCCCUGGUUGUAGAUCUUUUGUUUAUGCCCAGUGUGCAAUGUGUGAGAUGUAGAUGAGUCAGAUUAUUUUAUUUUUAUUGUUUUGAAAAAAGUAAGGUGUGGGAGAUGCACGUGUUGGCAAUUGUUUUAUCUGCAUGUUGUCUUAAAUCCUUUUUAAAUUCCUUUGUUUCAGUUUUAAGUGUGUCAGUUUUCUUUGUGGACUUCUAAAAAUGUCUUAAAAAAGAGUGAAUAAAAAGGAAGUUCAUGUCCAGUUCACUGUG